AUGGCCAGACUCUGGCAGUCUCCGCAGCUCCUGCUGGCCAUUCUAAUGUCCCUGGUGGCCUUCACCUACCAAGUAAAGAAAUCCUUGAUAAGUAUCCAUGAAGCAUCUGCAGUGGAACACUUCGUAGAAGACACAUUAAAGUACAUCAACAAUGAAUACAACAAGCAAAGUGAUGACACGUACAACUUCAGGAUCCUUCGAGUCCUAAAGAUCCAGAAGAAGAUAACCGACCAUAUGGAGAUCCUUGCACAUGUGGAGAUGCAGAGAACUGUCUGCCUGAAGCCAAAGAUGGGCAACUGUGAAAUUCAAAAUGGGAAACUUUUCAAGAAAAUCCAGUGCUACUUCUCAGUGUUUGUUAUACCCUGGACUGAAACGUACAAAAUUCUGGGCAAGAACUGCAGCAACAUCUGA